GUAAUUUACACGUCGUCGUGGUUUGUGGAGCGUUUGUGAGUCAAUAAAUCGUUUCAGACGAGCAGGAAUCACAGACAGAACGCCUUAGCCAUGCCGUCACUCAUCAAAGACCUGGCCGGCUACUUCCUAGGCAGUGUACCUGAGGCAAGCAAAGCAAGGCCACCUGCCACGACGCCGGCGCAGCGCGACGACAAAACGGACGCAAAAACCUGGUGGUGGGAGACCCGCGAAACAGAUAGAGACGCCUUCGCGAGCAGCCGGCACCGCGCGCACCUGCCGCGCUGCAAGCGGACGGGCCGCCCGCUCAAAAUCCUCGCGCUGCACGGCCGCGGGAGCAACAACGACAUCACGGCGAUUCAGCUUUCCUCAUUAGAAGUCCCGACGCGCUGCGUCGCCGACCUGCUCUCCGCGCCGCGUGACUCGAGCCCGCAGAGCGACGUGUUUCAUAUGUUGUCGAACCGGCCCUUUCACGAGUGGGGCCAUGAUGAAAAGGCCUUAAAAGGCGUCCUGGCCUACAUUGAGCGGUACGGUCCCUACGACGGGCUCUACGGCUUCAGCCAAGGCGCCGCCGUCGUCACCGCGCUGUCAAAGCCGGGCGUCGCCGAGGGCUUCGGCUCGAAGCGGACGUGGCGCUUCGUCAUAUGCGCCUGUGGAGUGCCGCCGCCGGGCGACGGGACGGUAGAUCUGCCGUCGCUACAAAUUUCGGGCAGGCGGGACCCGUUUCUCUCAGCAUCGCGCGCGCUGGCCGACGUCUACGAGGCUCCCGUGCUCCUGGAGCACGCGGGUGGCCACGAGCUGCCCCUGAAAUUGCGCCACGACGCGCGGUUCAAGGACGCGCUCGACGCGUUCUUCGACCGCGUGCUCGAGCUCUAG